CAUUACCAGAGUCAUUCACACGAGAGUUGUUUGUCGGAAACCAACGAGGACGCUAGACAAAGGAAUACUUCAAAGACCAUACGGAGAUCAUCUCAACUUUGACUAGGAUGAAUUUCACUACUCUGGUGUUGGUGGCUGCCUGUAUCGCGGCAUCCUCAGCCUGGCACCUGCGAGUGUCGCUAAAUGACAUCUUUAAGGGACACUGUCGGACGGUUAGUCCUCGGGUGUGUCGGAAAAGUGUGAGGAAUUUCGAUCCCGAUUACAGUUGUGGAUUCAUUCUGAGGAAUGUUUGUUCUGGAAAGAAUAAAAUUGAGAGAGUAAGAGUUCGCCGUUCAACCCUGAAGCCAAACCACGACUAUUCUCUUCACGUCACGCCACUUCCUAAGAAGAUGGCAUUCUAUGACGCGAAUGCAGACGGACACGUCACCAUUAGGGAGUUUGCACGGACUCUGGGCCACGACCCUCGGGCCUUCCAUGUCAAAGAUGCUUUCAGAGUAGCAGAUAGCAAUGGCGAUGGAGUGGUGGAUCCAUUUGAAUUUGACAAUGAUGCCUGGAUUUUUGAUGACGACUUUGAUGAUGAUGAUUACGACCUCGAGGAUACCAACGAAGAUUCAUACAAAUCCAUGAAUUUUGACCUUCUCGAUAGUGACGAAAACAGCUCCAGCAGUGAAGACAGUUCUGAUGAGUCAGCUUCCGGUGACGAUAGUGACGGGUCCUCCGGGGGGAGCACCAAUAUGUCAUCGAAUGAUGAAGACAGUUACGAUGAUUCACAUGAUGACAGUGUAUCAACCAGUGGACACAGUGACUCAAACAGCGAUAGCUCGGGUGGCAGCGGCUCAACAGACGAUAGUAGUGGGAGCAAUUCAAACGAUGAUAGCACAAGUGAUGACAGCAGCAACAGUUCACACGAUGAUAGUGCAGCCGACAGUAAUGACGACGGUUCAGAUGAUGGUAGUAGCGCGGAUGUUGAUGAUAGCAAGAGCAGUGCAAGCGACAGCAAAGAUGAUAGCAAGGAUAGCAGCGAUAGUAAAGAUGGAGAUGACGGUCAGGACACUAGCAAACUACUACCCGACAUGGAUGAUCUAAAUCUGGAUGAGAUCGUUCCUAACGAAAUUGAAUUAGGAGACGGGGUUAUUGGAGAAGCUAUUGAGAACGUCAUGGGAGAAGGAGCAGACUUAGAACUUCCGGAACUCGAGGCUCCAGAUUCUGACGUUUUGAAGAACGUCGGUAUUGCUAUGGCAUUGACCAAAUUCCAACCUGCGCAAAACCAGCUACUUCCCAAAAUUGGAGGUCAGUCCCAAGGUGGCGAUGUGCACGAUCAUUCUGCCCAUAGUCACAGAGAUUUUGAUUUCUCCAAAGGUCAAAGUAACUUUUUACCGACAAUCAUGGAUCCUAAACCUACCAUGCUGUCCAAUACCCUUCUGGGAAUCAGGGGAUCGGGUUCGGGGUCCAAAAUGAGAUCAGGUAUGCCGCAUGGAAGUGGUGGAGAGUGGGUGGUAUUACAACCACAUCGUAUUAGUAAUAAUGAUUUCAACAAAGUCCCAUACAAUUUGAAUACAGUUUCACAUGCAUUUUAGUUGCUACGAGACAGUCAAUGCUCACGUUCAUCAUUUUCAUACAAGCAUAAUUGAUUUGUUGCCUUUUGGCCCCGAAAAGUAUUAAAAUUUGCAAAUUUGUUAGUUGGUUUUCAUUUAACAAGCGUUGUAAGUAAUACAUAAUUUUGCAAUGUGUUUUGUACAGUGGACAGUACACAUGCCAGGGAAAGGUUCAAUGCUAUAGCAAUGAAUAACAGACGAGGAGUUCCGGCAUCACUUUGGCCUUCGUGGAUCGUCUCGUAGCAACAGCAAAAUGCUUAGCCAUUCCUACGUGAGAAAACAAUCCAAAUGAAAGAUACAUCAGCUGCAAUUAAACUAUAAAGGAAAUCAAACAUUUUUUGUGGUUGAUCAUUAAAAUGAAUAUUUCAAUUCUUUGUUUUAAUUGAAAACUUUUCUAGCGCUAGAACCCAGAACCGUUUGAAAAAACCCAAACAACAUCAAAUUUACGGCAAUGUACAUGUAUAGUUACUUGUUUGUGAUGAAUGAAUAAUCUCAAUAUGUAUUUUGUCAAUAAAAUGUAUAUUGAACAAAA